AGCAUGAAGAUGAAUUUCAGUGGCCUGAGGGCCCUGGUGACAGGGGCAGGUCGAGGGAUUGGGCGGGGCACUGUGAAGGCCCUGCACGCCUCAGGAGCCAAAGUGGUGGCCGUGACCUGUGACAACUCGGACCUGGUCAGCCUUGCCAAAGAGUGUCCUGGGAUAGAGCCCGUGUGUGUAGACCUGGGUGACUGGGAGGCCACAGAGAAGGCGCUGGGUGGUAUCGGCCCUGUGGACUUGCUGGUGAACAAUGCAGGGGUGGCGCUAAUGCAGCCCUUUAUAGAGUCUACAAAGGAGAUCUUUGACAGGUCCUUCAACGUGAAUGUGCGAGCCAUUGUGCAGGUGUCCCAGAUGGUAGCCAAGGGCAUGAUUAAGCGUGGAGUGGCAGGAUCUAUUGUCAACAUCUCCAGCAUGGUGGCCCACGUCACCUAUCCUGGCCUGGCCACCUACAGCUCCACCAAAGGCGCAUUAACUAUGCUGACCAAAGCCAUGGCCUUGGAACUGGGGCCACACAAGAUCCGGGUAAACUCUGUAAACCCCACUGUGGUGCUGACUGACAUGGGCAAGAAAGUCACUGAAGACGCUGAGUUUGCCAGGAAACUCAAGGAGCGCCACCCACUGAGGAAGUUCGCAGAGGUUGAGGACGUCGUCAACAGCAUCCUCUUCCUGCUGAGCAACCAUAGUGCCUCCACCACUGGCUCUGGCAUCCUGGUGGAUGCUGGCUACCUGGCCUCCUAGAC